AUGAGCGGCAGCCCCUCACCUCUGGUGCACAAUUCUCAGCACGAAGCCCUGGGCUAUCGAAAUAUGGCAGAUCCUUUGUCGAUAGCGGGUUCCGCACUGGGCGUUCUCUCUCUAGCCCUACAAAUGCGCGAAGAGAUUGUCUCCUACUGCAAGUCAUGGCGGGGAGCACACCGGGAGAUCCAAGACAUUGCCAACAAAGCCGACGGGCUCGGCGCGCCGCUUCAGGCACUGCAGCAGAUCAUCAAGGAGACACAAGUCAUGGAUCCAGACGUGGCUGAUGACCUGCAGGAUAAAAUUGGGAUUCUUCGUGGAGGCAUUGGCAGGGUUAAGACAUCUAUUGAUCGCUUGAGACCUGCCGUCUCUCCGGAAAGCUUCAGCGACAAGGUCCGCGCUCAGGGCAAAAGAGCGGCGUAUCCGUUUCGUAAAGAUGAGCUACGCGCCUUGGCUAAUGACCUGGAUGCUAUUCAAAUUAACCUGCAUACGUCACUUCAUAAUUACUCCAAUCCUGGUGCAAUCGACAGCGAGAGCUGA